AUGGGCAAAGCCGAUGCAGCAUCCCCAUCAAAUGAGGAUGAUAAAACGGAGUCUUCGUCUGGGGCCAAUGCCAAUGAGUCGCCCGGUGCAGCUGGUAGUGGUAGUGGUGGGGGUGGAUGUCCUACCGAUGAGAAAGCUAAAAAGAAACGUGUUGGUUUCAGGGAAAGAAAGAUAAUAGAGUACGAGAACAGAGUAAGAGAUUUCUCGACCCCAGACAAAAUAUUUCGCUAUUUUGCCACAAAGAAAGUACAAACUGACAAAGAUACGACCACCGUCUUCAUGACUCCCGAUGAUUUCGUCAAGUCCAUUACUCCUGGCUCAAAACAGGAAGAGGGGUUAGGGCUGGACCACUAUGACAAAUUUGACCCGAAAGUUGACAAAAUCGACAGUCGACUUGGCCGAAACAGCAUAUUUUGGAAAUUUGGACAAAAUGGCCUCAUUUCAUUCUCUGAUUAUAUGUUCUUGUUGGUCGUUCUCUCGACCCCACCGCGAGCUAUCGAGAUCUCAUUUAAGAUGUUUGACUUCAACGGAGAUGGUAACUUAGAUUUCGAUGAAUUUGAUAGGGUCACAGAAGUAUUGAGGUCACACAGUUGCGUUGGCAUGCGUCAUAGGGAUCACGCCGUGACAGGAAAUAUCCUAAAGUCCAUGAGUUCAGGAUUGGCCAACUAUUUUUUCGGCCCCAACUUAACUGAGAAACUCACUGUGGAGAAGUUCCUUGACUUUCAGAAGCAGCUGAUGACCGAGGUGCUGCAGUUGGAGUUCAACAGAUAUGAACCGACGAAUGGAAAAAUCAGCGAAAGAGACUUCGCAGAUAGCAUCAUCAUCUACGCUGGUCACAAUUUCAAUAAGAGGUCCAAGAUGUUGAAGAAGGUUAAGAGGAACUUUGCCGGUGGGACCGGCAUAUCGUUCCAGGAUUAUUAUGAUUUCUUCCAAGUCCUCAAGUACAUCAACGACAUUGACGUAGCUCUUGUUUUUUACAACGUUGCUGGGGCCUCCAUAGAUAAACAAACGUUGAAGCAUGUGGCCAAGACUGUGGCGCACGUGAAUCUCAGCGAUCACCUCAUUGACGUCGUCUUCAUACUCUUUGAUGAAAACGACGACGGUGAACUUAGUCACAGAGAAUUCAUCUCAGUAAUGAAGAGAAGAUUGAUGAGAGGUUUGGAAAAGCCCAAAGACACUGGGUUGUUGAGGGUUUUGGCCGCCAUGUGGAAAUGCGCUAAAUUACAGGCCGCCAUUUUGGAAUGA